AUGUCAGCUGUUGAAGAAUUUGGUUCCAUUUUGAAAGAAUUGGCUACUCUUAAAGCACCAGGGGUUUCAGGUUCUCGUAUUAAAAAAUUGACUGAUCUUGCGGUAAAAAAUGUUAGCGAAGAAUCUCAGUUGAUUACUAUAUUAUACUCUAAUUGUAAAGCAACACCAUCUUCAAAUAAAUUAGGUACUUUGUAUGUUGUGGAUUCCAUUGUUAGAAUUUAUAUGGAUGAAGCUAGAAAACAAGGUCAAGAAAUUAGUUCACAAUCUCCUGAUGGUACUUUUGCCGCUGGAGUUUAUAAAAUUAGUGAAUUGAUAGAAUCUUUAGUUGAUGAUGCUUUAGAAUUACUGAUUAGUAAGUCUUCUAAUAUCAAAAUUGGUAAAUUAGUUGAUAUCUGGGAAAGAGCCGACACUUUUAAACCAGAAAUCCUUAAAUCAAUUAGAUCAAAACAUUUUGUUUCAACUACUCCUCCUGGUACUCCUCCAAAAUCCCUGGCUGAAUUAAAUCAACCAGUAUCUAGUAAUGAUAAUUCUAAACCGUUAUCUCCACCAUCUAAUUCAAAUGGUAGUAAUAAUGACUCUGGUAGUAUUUUACUGGCUCUUGCUUCAUUGGCUAAACAAUCAAACUCAAACAGUAACACUCCUCAACCAGCUCCUGCUAAACCUGUCGAACAAGAUAAUGCUGCUAAUAAUAUCUUAUCUCAAUUAUCAGCUUUAGCUGGUAGUAAUAAUGUAGCACAAUCAAAUCAACUGCCUCCAAUUCAGCAACAACCUCCUUCUGCUUCGGCUCCUGCUCCAGCCCAACAACCAAAUGAACAAUAUAUUUUUAACAUGUUACAACAAAUGCAAAAUGGUGGUAUGCCUCCUCAAAACCAACCAGGUUUUAAUCAACAACAACAGUUUCCUCCUCAAAGACAAUUUGGUUCCAAUGGUUUCCAAAAUGAUAAACGCGGACGUGAUAAUACUGGUGGUGCUUACUCAAGAAGAAACAGAUCUAGAUCUCCUUCUCGUUUUGGUCAAGCCAACAAUCCUAAUAAUAUGUCCCUUGGUGGUAAUGCUAAUGGUAGAAGACCAAGAUCUCCUCCUAGACAACAACAACCACUUCAACAACAACAACCUCAAGGUUUUGUUCCUCCAACUGCUAUGGGUGGUGAAAUGAAUAUCCCUGGUACCCCUCAUUACCGUCCACGUAAUGUUGGUUUUGACCAAUCUUUACCUCAAGGUUCUUUUAAAGUUUUAUCAAGAACCUUAUUCAUUGGUGGUGUUCCAAGAGGUAUGGAUGAAAAAGAAUUGGCUUCGGUUUUAAGACCUUAUGCUGAAGUUCAAUCAGUUAUUUUGAAUAGUGAAAGAAAACAUGCUUUUGUUAAAGUUUAUUCAAGAAGAGAAGCCGAACAAGUUAUCACUUCUUUUAACAAAGAUAAUUCUUUACCUUUAAGAACUCGUUGGGGGGUUGGUUUUGGUCCAAGAGAUUGUUGUAAUUAUCAACAUGGUAUUUCUAUUAUUCCAAUCUCCAGAUUAACUGAUGCUGACAGAACCUGGGUGGUUCAAGCUCAAUGGGGUGGUACUGGUGGUCAACCAUUAUCAAGUGGUAUGGUUAUUGAUGAACCGGAUAUCGAAAUUGGUGCUGGUAUUUCUUCAAAAGCUAUGUCUAAGAAAAUGCCAACUAACUCUGCUAGAAAUGGUCCAAAAUCAAAUAGACCUGGUGAACCUGAUGAAGAAUAUGUUAAAACUACAUUAAUUCCUCAACAAUCAACCAUGUCUCAUGGUGCUCAACCAGAUUUUGCAGUUUUCAGUCAAUCUUCAGUUAAUCCAUUAAGUGGAUUAUUCUCAAACUCGAAUGAUAGUCCUGCCGCUGCUUUCAAUCAAUUUCAACAAAGUGCACAAUCUCCACCAGCUGGAUUUCCUCCAAAUGGUGCUCCAGGAAAUCCAAACUUGAGUGCCCAAUUGGCUAGCUUUUUCCAAAAUGGUGGUCAACAAUAA